AUGAAUCAUACCAACUUCACCUCAGAAGCCAACAUGGCUAUCAAAUUCAAAACGGUGACGGAAAAUAUGCUGAUCACCCUGACCCUGUCUAUAAUCACCACCUUGACAAUGCUACUGAACUCUUCUGUCAUUUCAGCCAUUUGUACAACGAAGAAACUCCACCAGCCUGCCAACUACUUAAUAUGCUCCCUGGCUGUUACAGACUUACUUGUCGCUGUUUUGGUCAUGCCCUUGAGUAUUACAUACAUCAUAAUGGAGAGGUGGACUUUGGGUCAUUUCCUCUGUGAAAUUUGGCUGAGCAUCGACAUGACCUGCUGCACAUGCUCAAUACUUCACCUUUGUGUCAUUGCGCUUGAUAGGUACUGGGCAAUCACAGAUGCUAUCGAAUAUGCCCGGAAAAGAACUGCAAAGAGAGCUGGCAUUAUGAUCACUACUGUGUGGACUAUCUCCAUUUUCAUUUCCAUGCCUCCUUUGUUUUGGAGAAACCAGAGCAGUUACAGCAAUUCCACUGACUGCCAGAUCCAACACAGCCAUGUUAUCUAUACAAUUUACUCUACGUUUGGAGCAUUUUACAUCCCUUUGACACUCAUACUGAUUCUCUAUUACAGAAUUUAUCAUGCUGCCAAGAGUCUUUACCAAAAACGGGGAUCAAGCCGACACCUCAGCAGCAGGAGCACCGACAGCCAAAACUCUUUUGCAAGCUGCAAGCUCACACAGACAUUCUGUGUGUCAGACUUCUCCACCUCUGAUCCCACCACGGAAUUUGACAGAAUGAAUUCUUCAGUGAGGACUCCAAGCUCGGACAAUGACCUUGAUUUGGCUGAGGACCGUCAACAGAUCUCCAGUGUACGGGAGCGAAAGGCUGCACGCAUUCUUGGUCUAAUUUUAAGUGCAUUCAUUUUGUCUUGGUUGCCCUUUUUCAUUAAGGAGCUCAUCGUGGGUGUUGGGCUUAUUACCGUAUCUACAGAACUGGCUCACUUUUUGACAUGGCUCGGCUAUGUGAAUUCUCUUAUCAAUCCUCUGUUGUACACUAGUUUCAAUGAAGAUUUUAAACUUGCCUUUAAAAAGCUUGUUAAGUGUUGGUAA